GAAUUGCUCAACAAGUUUGGAAUAACCAAAGCGUGUUAGUCUUUUCCCGGAGCCGACCCCAAGUCCUUCGAGGAACACAAAUUGCACUUUCCACGAAGGAUGAAAGAAAAUUCUGUAAAGCAACGAACUAAAUAGUUUAUUGGAGACGACUCGUAAAAACGCAGUGGAAGCUUCCAGAUAGAGAACUUCUUAUAUUUAGUAUAGCCUACUAUUUACAGAACCCAAUCUGUAAUUAUUAUUAGUGGAGUCGGAUCAAGAUCUGUCAUACUUGUCCUCAUCCUUAGUUAUUAUCAAUACACUCGGUGAGGGUUAUAAGCUGCGUUUAAAACACUGCAUUUCGUUCUUUUCUUGCAGUAUCUGAGAGCAAGGACGUGGGUUCAAAUCUGCGGAAGUGAUAAGUGAAAUGGCGGAGGAUCUGGCGAAAAAGGCUAACGAGGCCUUUGUGGAUGAGGACUUCCAACAGGCCGUGGACUUAUACUCGCAGGCCAUACGGCUUGACUCUUCCAACGCCAUGUUUUUCGUCAACAGAGCGCAGGCAAAUCUAAAGCUCGAGAAUUUUACAGAUGCUGUAGCUGACGCAAACCGGGCGAUAGAGUUGGAUCCAUCUGUGUCAAAAGCAUAUUUGCGGAAGGGUGUUGCAUGUUUCUCAUUGGAGGAGUAUCAGACUGCUAAGGCUGCUUUUAAGGCAGGCUCUGCUUUGGAUGUGGGCAAUUCAGCAUUUAACACCUGGAUUGAAAAAUGUGAUGCUCGUCUGGUUGAGGAAGCUGCAGCUGAUGUUAAUGGAGUACAGUCUGUUUCUUCCUUGACAAACACUGUGCCUGAUGCCACAAGUCUACCUUUGGAAGCUACCACUCUUGCAAAAGAAGACAUGGGAAAACCAGAUAUUACAGAAAAUGUUGUUGAAAGACUGCAACAAGCAAAACCUAAAUACAGACAUGAAUUUUACCAGUCAGCAAAUGAAGUAGUUGUCACUGUUUUUGCCAAAGGAUUAGCGCAAGAAAAUGUUACAAUUGAGUUUGGGGAACAGUUUUUGAGCAUUAUUAUUCAAGCUCCUGGAGUAGAACAGUAUGUUCUCCAGAAUCGAUUGUUUGCAAAGAUAAUUCCAGAGAAUUGUCGAUAUUCCAUAUUGUCAACUAAACUUGAGAUGCGUUUGGCUAAGGCUGAGACAAUAAACUGGACUUCUCUGGAGUAUGACACAAGGCAGGCAGUGCCGCAGAAAGCAUAUGUUGCUUCAGGUACACAAACCCAGAGGCCCUCGUACCCAUCAUCAAAUUUGAAGUCACGCAAAGACUGGGAUAAGCUUGAAGCGCAAGUGAAAAAAGAGGAAAAGGAUGAGAAGUUAGAAGGUGAUGCAGCACUGAACAAAUUAUUCCGUGAUAUUUACCGGGAUGCAGAUGAAGAUACAAGGAGGGCAAUGAGCAAGUCCUUUGUGGAGUCGAAUGGUACUGUUCUCUCCACGAAUUGGAAGGAAGUCGGUGGGAAGCAUGUUGAAGGCAGCCCCCCACAGGGAAUGGAAAUGAGGAAGUGGGAAUAUUAAGUCACCUUUUACUGGUAAUCAAAUGAUAAUCACAAAUCAUUAAGUCAAAUGAUACAUUCUGAUUGCUGUAAUUUUAUAUGGUCAUGCAUGGAUCAAACCAUGUCACUAAUGAGCAUGCAGCAAACAGAAUGAUAUCCUGUAAGGGAAGAAUUGAAGCUUGCUUGGUAGUUUUGUUGUUGGUUCUAGGACUAUUACCUCGAUAUUCGAGGACGGUGAGGAUUAUCAUAACUGGAUGUAUAUCUGUGUCCGAGUUUGUGUUUAGGAAUUAUUGAUCUGUAAACAACGGAAAUCUCAUCGUGUUAUGUAUUAUAAGAAGUCAAAACACUUGCCACUUAAAUAUUUUUUCUCCAGUUUCGAAUAAUUGUAAUAUGAAGUUUUAGCCAAGAUAGUUUGUUA